GGAUCAGCGAAAGAAACUUGGUAUGAAGUUGGAAAAAUCAGGCAGUCGGAGAGAGCGGUAAACCGAACGGCUCGACAGGCUGGAUAUGAGGUCGGCGAGGUAGAGGCAGUUGAGAGCGUUGUCGUGCAAGCAGAAAAAGAAAAAUGCUCUGGAUGUUGCAUGCCAGGACCUCAAGGUCCAAAGGGUCCAACUGGACGACCAGGAAAGCCCGGUAAACCUGGUGCUCCUGGACUCCCCGGAAAUCCUGGAAGACCACCAAGCCAGCCAUGCGAACCAAUCACUCCUCCACCGUGCAAACCUUGCCCACAAGGUCCCAUUGGCCCACCUGGACCACCUGGAGAUGCUGGCGACCCCGGAUCUGAUGGACCAGCUGGAGACACUGGAAUGGAUGGCCCAACAGGAGAACCUGGACCACAAGGAGACCAAGGUAUCGCUGGUUCAACUGGACCACCAGGACCACAAGGGCCACCUGGUGAUCAAGGACCACCUGGGCCACGAGGACCCCCUGGACAACCUGGAGAGGAUGGCCUACCUGGACCUCAAGGACCACCUGGUGAGAAUGGCGCAGAUGGACAACCAGGAACCGACGGACAAGCUGGAGAAAAGGGAACAGCUGGAAAUCCAGGCAAAGGUGGAGAGAGAGGUAUUUGCCCGAAAUACUGCUCACUGGACGGUGGCGUUUUCUUCGAGGACGGAACACGCCGAUAA